AUGGAGACCCUGUUCGGGCUGUUCGAGGCAGCCACCUGGGUUAACGAGGUCCUGUCCCGUACAGAGGAAAAGACCUUGGAAUUGGAAAGCCUCUCCGUGAAUGUGCAGAGCGUUUCGCAAUCGAUCUGCACAUGGUCCCAGAGCGUUCCAGAGGAGGACCGUAAUGCGGUCUUCAAUUCCAACCAGGUGUUCCCACACCUGGCGAAGGUGUUGCACCAAGCCAAGGAGGUGAUGGCGCGGAAUCAAAAGCCGACCUCGCCCGAGACUGCGGCCCUGGAGGACUCCAAGCCCACCAAUGGUUUUCGGGGCAUCCUCAAAGAGGGGAUGAAGCAGGGUUCCAGGACCCUACAAGAAGGUCUGGAGGCCCUCAGCAGCAGGGUGGGGGCCGUGGGCUCCGGCCUGCUACGUCUUCCUGAGGAUGAGCUGAGCAAAGUGAAAGAGGCCAACGAGACCAUCAGCAGGCUGUUGCCAACACUCACGCUGGCCAUUCAAGCAAACAGCUUGCGAGGUUCCAAGCGAGGGGCUGACACCCCUAUCUCGGAUGAGCCAGCGGCGCAGCGGCCGCGCACGGCUAUCGAAAGUGGGAGCAGCAACGCUGUUUCGAGGAGCGAGUCAAGCUCCACGCAGCAGCCGGGCACCGAGGAGCGGCGGCCGCUGCUUCAUUUGGAUUUGGUCUCGGAUGCCCCCUUCGCCGAGAACCGUGACCAGGGCACGCUGACGACCCUGGACCUGAAGCCUGGUGUUGCCCAGAGUACGACCUCGCUGGAGUCCAACGACACCUCUUUAGGUGACGAUUCCGGGAACGUCAGGCUGGUCCUGGGCAGAGCAGACCUCCAGAAGCGAGUGACACUGCAAUUUCCUGCUGCAGCGAAGAGGAAAGCCAACUCAGUACUUCAGUUCGUCAGUCGGGAGUUCCUCCUCCUGGAGGUGCCGGACACCUCCAACAUUGCGCCAACGCAGGGCAGCAUGGAGAUGGCCACUUUGGUUUGGGGCUGCUGGAACGACAGCCAGCAGGACGCAGACGAGAAGCUCCCCUUGGCAUACGUCAGCGGGCUAAAGUCUGGCUACCAUCUUCGCAAGAUCCGGGAGACCAGGUGGACCUGGAUUGCCAAAGGCGAUAAGGCCAGCAUCGAAGAGGGGGAUACCAUCGCCAUCGUGCUCGAGUGCGCUGCCAGCAUGUGA